ACGGACAGCAUGACGGAAUGCUGCCGGGUAGGAGACCGUCUUCCAGUCGCAAUGCGAGGUAUUGGGGAGGCGAUGACUCUUGACAAAGCGAGUAGAAAAACCGAUGCGUACGUAAAAUAUUUGUCAUGUGUCUUUUACACUGUACAGGCUCUUUUGGAUGAUGCUGCCGGAAGAGACAUCUGUGAACUGUCUCGCGAGAUGUGUACCAAGUUCUUUAAAUUAUCCCAACAAUGUCUAGAGCGUGCUAGUGACUUGAUGCGGGAGCUUGCUGGAACAGGCACAAAACCCACUGUUCAUCAGUCUUCUCAGCAUAGAUUGUCACAUGAUAAGACGAACAUGCAGCCAGACUCUCAGCCUGUACAUGAAAGAUCGCAAUCAAGAUCACCUCUACCUUCUCGCCGCACUGCUCAUGGUGAUCAUUUGCUUUUGGGACCACCUGCUGGUAAUGAAAGCGAACAAAAACAGCGAUCUCUAAGUCAAUCUCAAAUCAGCAAUGACGGAAACCACUCACCAAAUUUUAAUGCAACUCGCUCUUUGCCAGUUCCCAGUGCGAUGCACACAAUCGAUCCAAUGGAGUUUGCUUAUCGCCAAAACCAACACCUUAUCUCAGCUUACCGUGCAAGGAUGGCAAAGCUACACAGUGAAGGCGCCCGUGCUAGACUAAACCUGACAAUGCUCAGAAGAUUGGACGAAAAUAUGGCGAUUGCAAAACGAAGACAAGACACACUUCUUGCAAAAAUACAGGAGAGAGAGAAACGGCAGAAGGAGGCCGAAAAAAGCAGAAAUUCUGCCACACUGGGUUCUGUUACAUCCGACCGACUAGUCCAGAUGGCUGACGAGUUUGCAUCGAAAAACAGUUGGGUGGCAGCAUUGCUAGCAAAAAUUUCAGGAAACUGCGAUGACGUCUAUCUUGUUAAUGAUUUUAUUAUGAAAGUCUUAAGCUCUACUGAUCAUCCACUAGCACGUCAACUCGGUACCUUCCAGUAUAGUGUUUACCAGAAACUCCUCCCAUUGUAUCGUCGUAUCCAAAAAGACUUUAUUCUUGUCACACCACCUGUCGAUAGACAAGAUCCAGAUCUAUCGUCAUCGGCUCGAGAGCCUUCUUCGAGACUUGACAGCAAAACAAGAGGAAGUGAUGCUAAUGCCACUUCAGGAAGUACAUUGCAAAAACUACGAGCAGCUCUGAUGGCGGGCGGAGAGCAAGAUUUGUGUGAUAAGUCGGAUGCAGAGCACUCGGACAACAUGAACAGACUCGAGCUCAACAUAAGUGUAGAUGAUAAAGACUCGGAACAGAAGAAUGGCGUGUUUAGUUGUGGAGAUUUGUCUAGCAACGCUUCCUUGACUGACAUACAGCAAAGUGAUAGCAAUUCUACAAUCACAUCGACAUUGCCCACAGACUCCUUGACCGGUUCUGGUCUCACGGUGGCUGUACGGAAGGCGGCAGAUAGAGCAGACGAAUUUGCUUGUGAAGAACAGUUGAGACAUAUUAUCAGGGAUAUACAUAACCAUUUAGAUGAGUUACAGCAAGGGUUUGUGACGUGCUACAAGGAGCUGGACAGUCCUGAGGGCAGAGACGAAUGUUGUUCUUCUAUAGAGCAGCGCUUCUUCCCUCCCAUUUGGCUACCACUUCUGGCACUAAUAAGACAAAGCAAAGCGAGUACUGAACACAGUUUGGCAGCCGUCAUGUCAUCUAUGUAUCAUGCCAGUCCGAGGGAUUUCAGUGUGAGAGAGCAACUUUGCCUUGUGGAUGAUUUGAACACUGAAGCUGCUGGCGAUCCGGUACCGAUACCGUAUGAGAAGGCAAUUGAUCAACUCAAAACUGUUGUUGCAAAGAAGUGUCCGUUAGACAAGCUAGAUUGUAUUGUUUCAACGUCUCGGUGUAUUAUGGAGUGUGCAGACGAAUAUUGGGAAGGAAAAGGAAAAGGACGACAAAGCAAAGAAGCGACAAUGGGUACCGAUGACCUGCUUCCUGUUCUCACUUAUGUUGUUGUGAAAACUCGCUUGCCUCAGUUGGUGUCCGAGUGUGUGGCUAUGGAAGAGUUCAUUCAUGAAGGAUACCUUAUGGGAGAAGAAGGCUACUGUCUGACAAGUUUGCAAACCGCUGUUUUAUACAGCACAUCUCUAGCAUCGAAAUCAAACGUCUAAUUUACUGCAUUAGAUGCAGAGAGUUUGCGUGCUCUCAGACUUUAGUGCAAAUUGUGUAUUGUUGCUAAAACUGUUAAUUACAUAAUCAGCUUGGCUGUGUGGUCGGGCAGGAAGAAGGCUG